GGAAGCUUAUCAGCCCCUAUUCCGACUCUCACUACCAACCAACACAACUCAUCUUCCCAAGUUAACACAUCUUCCCAAUCCUAACCAAAUCAAAACAACCACAAUCCAUCCAUCCCUUGACUAGCUAUCAUCCCCAGUUCGAGUCUGAUCAAGAUCGAGACUCCCCUGUAACACUAUCCAUCCUAUAACUACCCCCUCUGAACGUCUGUUGUAUCUUAUUACCCGCUUUCCUCUUCAAAUCUCUUCCUCUGCUAUAUACUCACUCACAAGCUCCAAAAUACUCUCUUCUCCCUUAUCAUAUUCAAAAAUAACCUAAAAAUUCUCCCUCCUGUACUGCUCUGCCGAACCUAUCUUUUCACUCAAAAUUAACAUCCAAAAACCAAUCGCCGAAAUGUCGAACGCUCAAAUAAGCUCCGAGAAACCUCAGCCGCACUCGUUUGUCUUCAGAACUUACAAGUUGGAUCCCAAGACUAAGAAACCUCGUCCCUUCAAUGGUAGAUUCCUCUACAUGGGCGGCUCUGCGUCCAAGUCGACCUUCAAGGCCCUAGAAUCUCGAGCUCAGGAGAUCUUCCCGAACGCGAAGCAUGAUCUUGUUCUUUCGAUCGCGCUGGGUGAACCCAAGCCGAGCUUGUUUCCGUUCAACUCAUUCCCCAAGUUUGAAAAGAUCAUCGAGGUGAUUCGAGUCAAACCGGGUGGCAUUCCUCGUGAUCGUCUACAACGAAUGCUCAUCGACGUUUGGAUCACCACCUCAACCUUCUCCUCACCCAAGCCCCCUGCUAAACUGAGGUUCACUCGAGUGGAAGCUCGUGCCAUCAAACAACAGAUUGACGACGCUCUUGCAUCCCUCACUAACUCCAACGAACCUACCGAUCUCGCUAAAACCGGUGCAACCUCCAGAUCUCUGAUUUCUGACUCAUUCACUGAUUUAGAGGAUAUCAAAAACAUGAUCGGAGAUUAUUCCCCACUCGUUCCAUUGGAUGUUACGUCGUAUGCGUCGGUGCUCAAGAUGAAGCAGGCACCUCUGUCAUCGGAACCAACCGGGGAAGCUAUGGAGUCAUCGAUGGAUUCAUCUGUUCCCACCCCCGACGCUGUCUCAUCCAGUGGCAUCCAGCCCUGCAUUGAAAGCUCUCAAGGUCACGUCGAGCAACCUCCUACAUCUCUACCUGAACAACCAGAGUGCAACUCUAACCAGCUCCCUGAGGCAUUGGUUGCGCAACUUGACUGCUUUGCUGGGGUUGACCUGCACCCAACCUUCCAUCAGACUCGCAAUUGGUACUCAAUCUUGCUCGAGGUCUUCGCGGAUGACUCUCGAUACGUCAUAUUACCCCACACUCAAUCUGAAUCGUUGACGCUGCAAGUUUACUUCCUCAACGCCAACAGUCGAGCCGAGCUUGUCUUCAUGGCUCGAAACUAUCCCGUCGGUAUGCUCCAAUCCCCUUACAAGAGGCAACAAGCGGACGAUCAAAUGAGAAGCUAUUUGGCGGAACACAUCUCUCAUGUGACUAUCCCCAAGUUCCACGCAGUCAACGUUUGUGACACUACGAUGUCCUUCUAUAUGGUGGAUUGUCAUUCUGGACGCAUCCUUCCUCGACGUGAAAGCAACGAUUCAGUGGAUCAUAUACUGCCUGAUCAUCACCUCAUGAACUUAUGGAAAUCUGAGUUAGGUACGACUGCCGGCGACGAGACAUUGUAUUCAUUGAUCUCUCAGGUUCGCUCAAUGGUCAGCCAACAUGAGAAAAUCGAAUCUUGGCCAAGCCAGCUUCCGGAGCUUACUGCCAUCGAGCAGUCUACUUACGAUCAUUUGUCAUCGCUGAGUACUUUGAAUUACGUCAUCCGAGAGGCUGCGCCCUCUGGUCGAUAUCGACUUGCUCCGUUAUGGCACAAAAGCGACUCGAUCCAUGGGGCCACUUUUGCUACCUUCUGCCUGGUACUUUACGACGUGGAAAGUGGUCCGGUGUUGAUAGUCCAACACUCUACCGAUCUUGGUACUUCCGCAUGUCGUUUGAAAUGUGAUCAACUGAUUCGAGAGUCUUUCGCCCACUUGGCACCUGCUUGCAAAACAACAAAUCUUCAUGGCGUGAGCUUGUUGAACAAUCAAGCUAGAUUCUACAAUCUGAAUAUCGCUACUCGCCUCAUCACCCCCAAAACGUCUCCUGUGGACCUAUUUGAUCGUGUGUUACCUGACGAUUAUCUAUCCGGUGCCUGGGAUUGGAGACUUCAAGACAAUAAAUUUCUCGAAAAAUUCCAGAUGAUUUUGGCCGACUGUCAAGUGACUCAAUCCAAGGUGGAUCCCACCGCGCCAGCGACCUCCACCAAACCCCCGCUCCACCGCAAGACCUCCCCCAGUCCUCAGUUAUUAGGCUCCCAACUUAGCGUGAUCAGUGGCCAUCAAGUUUCCGGUCCCCAGAUGCGCUUCAUUUGUGAUGGCUGCGAUGAAACCAUUUCUGGUUUCCGAGCUAAAUGUGUUCAUGGAACCUGUCCGGACUUUGAUCUUUGUGCCAAGUGUUACGAGAGAAAAGAUGAUGUUCAUCCAGAGCAUCCUUUCAAAUUGUUGAUCCAGCGCAACAACCAAGAUACUCUUUCAAGUUUUGCACAAAAGCAAUGGUUGCCCGCCGUAGAUCCAGUGUGCAUCUGCGACUCCUGUUAUUGUGUAAUUCCAGGCGUCGUCAAAAAAUCGCCCUUCUCAAUAGGCCAUGACCUGUGUCCCAAAUGUUUAGGUGAUCGAAAGGGCCCACAAGACCCUAAGAAGGUGUCUGAAGUAGCUGAAGAAACGGGAUAUCUCGAAAUCGAAGAGGAUCCAAUAUCUUCAGCCGUACCGCUUGCAUCACCACCGCGCGUGUCCAUCAAAUGCGAUAGUUGUUCUCACACAAUCACUGGCUUCAGAGCCAAAUGCUCACAUGAUGAAUGUCCGGAUUAUGAUCUUUGCUCGAAGUGUUAUGAGCUUCGACGCGUUUUUCAUCCAUCCGACCAUUCCUUCAAAACCUUUGAAGUGACGGUGGAUGCUGCAGGUGCAGUUGUCUCGUGUAACUCGCACAGUGACCGCCCCAAAACCCUUGGCCAACAACACACAUCGGACAAGACCCACUUUGCGAAAUGUGACUUGUGCGCCCAACGCAUAUCUGGUGUCAGAUGGAAAUGUGUGGAUUGCGUUGAUUGGGACAGUUGCGAAGGAUGUUUGAAAAACGUCCCCGCGGUUCACCCCUUCCACAGGCUCGUCCCGAUCCAUGACCCGAACCAACUUUCCCACUUGCCUCCACAACAUCUCACCAAUCACCACCACGUUUUCUGCGAUGGAUGCGAUGAACCGAUUCGUGGGAUUAGAUACAAGUGCUCUCAUCCCGAUUGUCCUGAUUACGAUCUCUGUAGUCGCUGCGAAUCUUCUCCUAUCCCGAGACAUGACAUCGAUCACGCCAUGCUCAAGAUUCGUGAUUCUUAUGCUUGGCAGGCUGGAAAGUUGAGAUCUAAAUUUACUCAGACCAAUCAUCACCGAUCUCCAAUCGCGCUCUCAUCUCACCCAAAGAAAGUCAAAAAUGCGACUAAGGUCUACCAACGGGAAGCUGUUACAUUAAAUGCACGAGUAAUCUUGAACGACCAUCCAGUCGCUCAUCAUCAGAACUCUUUCGAUCAUCCCGAAUUUGAUAGUCCAGUCGCUGUGCCCAAAAUUUCUGUUCAACAGUCACCUGCCAACCCAUCAUCGCCCUCGGGAUGUCGAUCUCCUUCACCACAGCCAUGGUCUAACAACCAUCCAGUCGCCCAUUCUCAAAGUUCCUUCGAUUAUCCCGAAAGUAAACUGUAUUUGCCCGACUUUGCUGGUCAAGAGUCACCUGUCAACCCAUCAUCACCCUCCAGGUGUCGAUCUCCAUCACCACAGCCAUGGUUUAACGACCAUCCAGUCGCUCAUGCUCAAAGUUCCUUCGAAUUCGACAAUAGAACCGAUAUGCCCAACUUUGCCGGCCAGGAGUCGCCUGUCAACCCAUCACCGCCCUCAAUGUGUCGAUCUCCUUCAAUUCGUGCCGAAACAGUUCUUAGCUUUCAACUCGAGCCUGAUGUGCAGGAUCCAGGUUUCGAAUCUAGCACCUCUCCUGGUCCAAUCGUUGUCGUUGAAACACCGGGAGAGCUUUUCGUUAACUCGUCCCCUUCAUGCUCUGGCAGUCCACUCGAGGCUUCUCAGUCCGAUGUCAACUAUCACAGCAACAACCUAGACGCUUGGGAGGUUCCCAACACCAAGGCCACCCUCGGUCUUCCGGGCGCAUUUCCUGACGAAAGCUGUUCUGCUGUUCAAGCUGCCUCCCAAUCAUCAUUGGACCGGGUGGUGGUACCUUCUGAUGAUAAUGAGGAAGAAACCAAACCUCGAUUUGGGGCGCACUUUGUGUCAGACUUGAAUCUGCCUGAUGGUACGUGCGUCUCGGCCGGGGCGCGGUUUACGAAGAUCUGGUUGGUGCGUAACACCGGCUCAGACAAAUGGCCAACGGGCACUCAGAUCGCUUUCAACGGUGGAUUUCAUCAUUCCUCUCAAGAAUCAUUUUCGGUCCCUGCCGCGGUUCCCGACGAGGUAGUCGAAGUUUCCGUCGAGACGAUGGCCCCAGAGGACUCGGGUGGCUACAUGCAGGUCUGGAGGCUUGUCAGCCCCGAUGGAACUAGAUUCGGAGACCGUCUCUGGAUCAAUUUACAGGCUAUCAGCGAGGACCAAGUGAACAUUGACGAUCCUAACUCGGAGUCGUUAUCCACUUCUGUCGGCUUCCUCCUCCCUAAUCCCUCCGAUCGUCCCCUAAACGAUCAUCAAUCUGAAUCCUCUCAACAUUCUGUGACUCAUCCUCCUGGUAACAAUCCAACUGAAUCUAGUGCCGACUCACAACAGCCACAAGAAGAGCUUGCUCCAGCAUCUUCCGAAUUUGACUCGGUCGAUCAACCCUCUUCUUCUUCUAACCUUUCCUCUGCCACUGACUUUGAUGAUCUGUCCUAUGAAUUCACGUCUGAACAUGGUGACAGUGAGAUUGGCGAGGACUCAUUCGACUUCGAACUCGUCACUGAUUCUGACUCUUCGGCCCAAUAAACUCACACCGAUCUUUCUUUCUUCCUCAUUUCCUCUUUAUUUUUGAUCCUGCUUUCUCACACACUCAUUGCUUGAGCAUAUAUACACACACAAAGAUGCAUUUAAAUGUAUUCUAUAUCUUCACAUUAACUUUAUCCUUCUCCGUCACUCUUUUUUUAUACUUCUUUUGGUUUUCCUUUUUCUUUCUUUGUUUGACUCCUACUAUUUAUAUAUUUAUAUGUAUGUAUUAUUUAUUUAUCUUAUCUCUUUUAAGAUGCAAUUGAAUCUAACAAACAGUUCAUGACAAACAGUUCAUGCUACAAGUGGAC